CCCAGUGGAGCCGGGCUCUCAUUCACAGCUUUCUAGAGAAAUCUGAGCCCGAACCUGCCAGAAUAGGGGAUCUCACCUACUCAGCUCAGCAGCGCGGACACCUGCAGAAACACAUUCCCAAAGCCAGGCUGGGCGGCCGUGUGAAGUGGCAAUGGCCUCGCUUCUGCUUCCCUUUUGGAGCGCUGCCACCACAUAGGACCUGGAUGUCCUGCUGUUUCCCAGGCACAGAACGAAGACCCUUGCUCUGUCUGUUUCGGUGGCAGCCUGGUCGUAAAACAACUGUGGAGCGGGCCAGGGUUCCAGCAGACCAUCACGUGAAUGGGACCAGUUUCUCUUCUUCCCAAGUAUCAGCAAUUAAACCCUUGGAAAGGAGAUUUGGCCAAGAUGACCCAUUUACAGGCUGGACUCAGUCCAGAGACUAUAGAGAAAGCUCGCCUGGAACUGAAUGAAAACCCAGAUAUUUUACACCAGGAUAUUCAGCAAGUCAGGGACAUGAUCAUCACCAGGCCUGACAUUGGAUUUUUACGUACAGAUGAUGCCUUCAUCCUGAGAUUUCUCCGAGCCAGGAAGUUUCACCAAGCAGAUGCCUUUAGACUCCUGGCCCAGUACUUCCAGUACCGCCAGCUAAACCUGGACAUGUUCAAAAACUUCAAGGCCGAUGACCCUGGCAUUAAGAGGGCGCUCAUCGACGGGUUCCCUGGAGUGCUGGAAAACCGCGACCAUUACGGCAGGAAGAUUCUCCUGCUAUUUGCAGCCAAUUGGGACCAGAGUAGGAACUCCUUCACGGACAUCCUGCGGGCCAUCCUGCUGUCCCUGGAAGUCCUCAUUGAAGAUCCGGAGCUUCAGAUCAACGGGUUCCUUUUAAUCAUAGACUGGAGCAAUUUUUCCUUCAAACAAGCCUCCAAGCUGACACCUUCCAUUCUCAGACUGGCCAUCGAAGGGCUGCAGGACAGCUUUCCUGCCCGCUUCGGAGGAGUCCAUUUCGUCAACCAGCCCUGGUACAUUCAUGCCCUGUACACGCUCAUCAAGCCAUUCCUUAAAGACAAGACCAGGAAGCGGAUUUUCCUGCACGGGAACAAUUUAAACAGCCUUCACCAGCUCAUACACCCGGAGUUUUUGCCCUCUGAAUUUGGAGGAACCCUUCCUCCUUAUGACAUGGGAACUUGGGCCCGGACAUUACUCGGUCCCGACUACAGUGAUGAAAAUGACUACACUCACACGUCCUACAAUGCGAUGCACGUGAAACACACGUCCUCCAACCUGGAGAGGGAGUGCUCACCUAAGCCGAUGAAGAGAUCUCAGUCUGUGGUAGAAGCUGGGACCCUGAAACAUGAGGAGAAGGGAGAGAAUGAGAACACUCAGCCACUCUUGGCUCUGGACUGAACCCCGAGUCACUCCAUGUUCCCGCAUAUCGCCAGCCGCCGGUGGUAUCAGCCGCCUAGGAAGCACAUGCGCACUGACCCCACAGACAGGUACGGCUUGACCCAAGGCUCUCCACUCCUGCCACCCAGUAAUGACUGUCACCAGCCAUUGGUCGAAGCAGCCAAAGUUGAACAAAGACUUGAGAGAUGCUUUUUCCCCCCCAAUGAGGGCAUUGGGUAGAGGAUAAAGCAAGGCAGUUACGUAAUCAAGAUUUUCCUCCCCCACAUUUAUGGUAUUAAAUGCAUUACUAAAUUUGAUGCACACACUGCAUUAGAACAAGGAUUUUUCUGAGGCAUCGCCCAGAGACCUUCUCCCAUUUUUGCAAUUUAAGAUUAAGUGCAUUUCUGAGUAGAUACAUCACAAUUGUCAAGUUCAAUGUAGUGCAGAGCCCUGAGACAAUGGUAUCUCCAGUAAUUUCCAUUCUUAUUGAAUUAUUUUCUUUGACCUCAUCACCAGCAUCAAGUUAUUCAGCCUCAGAGCAAGUUCUCUGAGGCCUGGCUAUAUUCAGAGGCUGCUUAUUUUGAUAUCCUGCAAAAAUGAUUUUGACAUCACAUCUUUUGUCAGGCUACCAGCUGAUCAUCAUGAGCUGACAUUAAAAGAAGGCACAUGAUGUGAAAUAUGAUUAUUUCCUCUUAGCAAUGUGACUUCCACAGGCAAUGUGUGUCUGCAGAUGGGGUCCCAUUGGAAACAUGUCAGUGAUUUAUAAAUCCAUUCACGUUGCCUCACUUGGGUCACUACAGCAAAGCAAAGUGCCACUAAAGCAUUUAACUCCCACCUCCCUCUGCAGCCAGUGAAAGGUGUGGCUGUUGCUGGAGGAAGACCCUCAAGGAUGGCUAAAUAGGCAAGUACUGAAAAUAGGAGAAAACUAGGAAUGCAGGACGAAAUGCCAAAGAUCAUUGUAUUUCUUUGUCUAUUCUCCUUGGAAAUGGAGCCCCCAACUAUCCAUUCAAAGGAAAUUAGAUAAAAUUAAAAAUAUCAUAGGACAUGAUAUCCUUACCUGUGCCAUUUUUUCCCCAAAACCAGCUGUAUGUUUUUAGAUAUCUCAGCCAUUUGCAUGACAUGGCCAUUCAUGAGUAUAACCAGUGGGUGCUCAAUGCCAAAUAAAAAUAUUUUAGUUAAUGGGCAGUACAAUAUGAUUUCACAUUUUAAGAAUUUGGGAGGGUUAACUUGUUAGCUAAAAAUUUCAAAGGAAAGAGGUGAUUCAACUGGCCAUAAAUCACCCUCGAUGGCUAUUAUUACUAAUUUUUUUCUACUGGUAGAUAAUUAACAGAAGUAAUUUUUGUAUUCACCCUUGAAAUAAAAUUGAAAUAGAAUUAAAAACAUUUCUCAAUUGCAUUGCAGUAUUAAAACCAAUUUUUUUGUGUAGACAUUUCAGAUAACAAAAUAAUAUUGAAAUAAUUCUACCAAUGCAGUGACUGAAAUACUUUUCUUAUACACCAUGACAUUGGGAAGAAAGAUGAAGAAGAAUUAAAGUGAAUUAGAAAAUCCAUUUUAUUACCUGGGUUUAUAAGGCAGUUGUGGAAUCCAAGUACUUAAAAUGCUAUUGGAGUCAGUUAUUGCCAACCCUCUGCAACAGUAAAAACAAUUCUGGCUUUUCAAUUGGCAAUCUUUAGAAUCCUGUAGUGACCUGAUUUUAAAUACCAUGUGAUAAUUGCUAAGAGCUAGUUUUCACUCUAUUCCAUGGCUUCAUUACAUGAAUGUAAGAUGAUGUUUCAAUGAUGACAACUUACACUUUGAAUUUCUUUGUGUAUGCAAUAUACACACAAGAACCAAAUUCUGUGACAUGAAUGUUACCACAUGAGCACUGGAUUGUAUUGUCCUUUGUCAGUCAUUUCCUCUGUUCAAUAAAUACUGAAGGACACAAAUACCUUUUUCUUUUUCAA